UAAUUAGCUGUACAGUUACAAAGCCAUCACCCAGCCAGCCAUUUGCUAUGGUGAAGACAUUAAAUCCUUCUUACUGUACAAAUCCAGCCGAUCGUCUUCCUCGCAGCUCAAUCCCAUCUUAUUUUCUCUGUUUCUCGAACUAAUUGCUUUAUCCGUUUGCUCUGAUGGGUGUAUUGUUGUAGUUUGGUGUCGAUUUGUUUGGGAUUUUUUAUGCUGUUUCUCGAAAUCCCAGUUUGGAAGAAAGAGCUGUUCCUGCACCUACCAUGGCGACAUUCUAACAAUUAAUUACUUCCUUCUCCUACCUGUUUGCACUCUUGAACCGAAUUCUAGUUUCUAUAUCAGUUUGUGGAGGCAAUUCGUUUGGGGGCGUUUGCAGUUGAUUUAGCGAAUUGGGGGAAAAUGAAUUGGGGAUGUAUUUUCGCUUUUGUGCUGCUGAUAAUGUGUCGGCAGAUUGAUGGUUUCAAGUUCCAUAGAACUCAACACACUGAGAGGAUCUCGGGUAGUGCCGGUGAUGUCUUGGAAGAUGAUCCUGUGGGAAGGUUAAAAGUGUUCGUUUACGAGCUUCCGAGCAAAUACAACAAAAAGAUUUUACAGAAGGAUCCGCGAUGUCUGACCCAUAUGUUUGCAGCCGAAAUUUUCAUGCAUCGCUUCCUUUUGUCUAGUCCUGUUCGUACCCUAAAUCCGGAGGAAGCGGACUGGUUUUACACGCCUGUCUAUACGACCUGCGACCUCACUCCUAACGGUCUCCCUCUCCCGUUCAAAUCACCGCGUAUUAUGCGGAGUGCUAUACAGCUAAUUUCUUCCAACUGGCCUUACUGGAAUCGAACUGAAGGAGCCGAUCAUUUCUUUAUCGUGCCCCAUGAUUUUGGCGCAUGUUUUCACUAUCAAGAAGAGAAAGCUAUCGAAAGAGGGAUCCUUCCGUUGCUACAACGAGCUACUUUGGUUCAAACUUUUGGACAACGGAACCAUGUUUGCUUAAAGGACGGAUCGAUCACGAUUCCUCCAUAUGCCCCUCCGCAGAAAAUGCAGGCUCAUUUAAUUCCUCCUACUACGCCGCGAUCCGUCUUUGUUUACUUCCGAGGUUUAUUUUACGACGUUGGUAAUGAUCCCGAAGGUGGUUACUAUGCAAGGGGCGCACGAGCAUCAGUAUGGGAGAACUUUAAGGACAACCCUUUGUUCGAUAUUUCCACGGAGCAUCCAACGACGUAUUAUGAAGAUAUGCAGAGGGCGAUAUUCUGUUUGUGUCCCCUUGGAUGGGCGCCAUGGAGUCCCCGACUGGUCGAGGCUGUCGUGUUUGGCUGCAUUCCUGUUAUUAUAGCCGACGAUAUCGUGUUGCCGUUCGCUGAUGCAAUUCCAUGGGAAGAAAUUGGCGUUUUUGUUGCCGAGAAAGAUGUCCCGAAGCUCGAUACUAUUCUGACGUCGAUACCUAUCGACGAAAUACUUCGGAAACAGAGGCUACUCGCCAAUCCCUCCAUGAAACAGGCUAUGCUGUUUCCGCAUCCUGCGCAGCCGAGAGACGCCUUCCACCAGAUCUUGAACGGGCUCGCUCGUAAAUUGCCGCACGACGGAAAUGUUUACUUACGACCCGGGGAGAAGAUCUUGAACUGGACUGCUGGCCCCGUCGGCGACCUUAAACCCUGGUAGACAAUCCGAUCCCGGAAUUCGCGAUCGAGGUUCAAAUCGGCGUAUCGCGGGUAUUCGAAUUGGCCCAGAAGUUGAAUUCAUCGGUAAUGUAGGUACAUCAAAGCGAUACAACGGAAAACGGGGAAUCGUCGUACAAGAAAUCGAUGAACGCCGGCACGUUCAGAAGUGUAUUUCGUGCCGCUCGUAGAAGAAUUUGCCGGUGAUGGAUUGAUCGGGAAGCAGCGCAAGCCAGACGGCGGUGUCGGCCCCUUCCUCGGGCGUAACAUUCCCUUUCCAGCCGGUCAUCGCCGUCCUCACCCACCCGGGGCAGUAGCAGUUGAUGUAGAUCUUCUCUCCUUCCGGUCGAUCCGAAAACUCCCGCGCCAUCAGCCUCGUGUACGUGUUGACGGCGAGUUUCGACAGCGAAUAGUCUGUGCUGACCGGAGGCCAUCCGCCGUCCUCCCACGUCCCGUCGUUCACUUGGUCGAGAAACGCGUUCACCAUCUCGUCGAUCAGCUCCUCCGACAGCUGCGCGUCAUUUUCGAGCUUCUGCCGCCACUCGUCGUUUUCGAGCCUCUGCAGACCCGGUGAGAAAAAUUCGUAAGAUUCUCGACUUGAUUCGAUUCGAUUUAAAUAUCGGUAGCGACACUUACGUGUCGCUUCGCGUUCAGUCUUCCCAAUUUGGAGCUGACGUUGACGAUGCGAGCCCCGGGUUCGGAAGCUCGCAUCGCCGGUAUCAUCGCCUUGAUCAUGUUCUUGGUGCCGAAGUAGUUUGUUCGGAUUACGUUCUCGGCGUUCUCCAUCGAGUUAUCGGACCCGGAAUUGAAAUUCACUCCGGCAUUGUUCACCUGGAAAAUUCGACGGCGACGACGGAGAAGAAAAAUCAGACAGAGAUCAAAAAAUGUAAGGAGUUAGGAACGGAGAUGUAGGAAUCUGAAUCACCAGUAUGUCAACGCCUCCGUAGGAUUCCUUAAUCCAAUCGACGAAGGCUUCAAUCGAGGAAGGAUUGACAAUGUCAAGCUGAUGGAACACGACGUUCAGACCGCCUUCCUGUAAGACCUUUGCCGCCUCUUCUCCGACGGCGGCUUCGCGCGAUGUAAGAACGACGGUUAAUCCGUGGAGCGCGAGCUGGUGUACGAUCUCGAAUCCGAUUCCUCUGUUGGCGCCGGUCACCACCGCGACCGUUUCGGAGCUCCACCAUCUGAGGAUAAGAUGUAAUUUUCCGACAGCGGAUUUGAGAAAAUUUUUUGUCGAUUUGAAAGGAUCGAAUCGUACGUACCUUCGGUGGUCGGAAUACGGAAUGGUACGGAGGAGAGAGAUCUCCUGCCGUCUUCUCUCUCUCUUCUCCUUUGCUUUCUCUUUCUUGUCCAUUUUCGACGAACACGAACCUUGUCUGUAUCUAUCUGCUGCAAUGGAGUUCGAGGUCGGGGAAGGAAGGAGAAACAUAGGAGGCGAAAGGUAUGUAACGGAAUUAACAAACAUGGGAGACAACCAACAGCUGUCUGCCACGUGGCGCAAUCGUAUUGCCCCUAUCAAAACUAACUUUUUUUUUUAUUAUAUAUUCUUUUACAAAAAAUAUCAUAAAAAAUUUUAAUAAACAAUUCAAACUUCAACCCAAAUCAAAC